GCGGGAAAAUGGCGAACGUUUCGGGUUUCGAGGGGUUCGCUAUGGAAGAUGGGUCAACUAUUCCGGACAAUCCCAAGCCACAGGCCAAGAAAACGCAAGGAAGAUUGGUGAAGUCUCGGUAUAUGCAAUAUGAGAAGAAAGCAGUUGGGAAGACUUCUGUAGCUGAUCAAUCAACUAAUUGUAGUGGGAAGUCAUUUUCAAAUGUGAAAAUACCCACAAGAAAAUGCAAAACUACUUCAGGUGUUCCUACUCUACCAGAUAAUACUACAAAAAAUAAUCUUCAGUCAACUUUUUUGGAAGGACACAGUAUUGCCCAUCCUGACCUAGAUCUCUCUGCAAUCAAUGACAAAAGUCUCUUCAGAGGAAAGGUUCCAGAUGCAAAACAUCUUAAGACCUCUAAACCAUUGCAGACAGAUCAGAAUAUAGGGCCCAAAACACUGAAAAAGGAGCAAACUUCAACUCCAGAAGAUAUAAUAAGAAUGAUUGAGUCUCAGACAUUGCUUUUAAACUUUCUAAGCGUGAAGAUGGAAAAAAAUCUCACAAGACUGGAAGAAAAAGCUGAAAAAAAUUUAUUAACAAUAUGUGAAGAAAAGGAAAAAUUGCAGCAAAAGGCUUACGAAAUGAAACGCAGAUUACUACUUCAUCAGAGAGAUCAGCGGCUUGCUGAAGUUCUUACUAAGCAGAAUGAAAUGCUUGCUCCCUCUGUAGCCAAGUCUGAAUGUUUUAAAGAGGAAUAUAAAGCCUUUGCAACCGCUCUAGAUUCCACCAGGCAUGAACUGCCAGUGAAGCAGAUUCACAUGGAAGGAAAUAGACACAAGUUUUUAGACGAUCUACAACAUCAACUAAUCAUCUCGCGUAGCCUCUUGUCAGAAGUUACUAACGAGCACUCAGAAGAGAAUUGUAAAGCAUUUGAUGCGAUGCGUGACCUCCAGAAAGUAGUGCUAAAGAAGGACACAGAGCUUCAGAGGAGCUUUGCCCAGGUGCUUGAGCUGUCCUCUGAAGUCAGUAAAGAAGCCUCUUUAAAUAACCAAGAAGUCUGGGAAGAGACUCAAGAAUCAGAGCUUCUUAGUCAGUGGUAUUUCAAUCGCCCUUAGGUGCUUGUGGCUUUCGACUGAGUGGUUGGUUUGGGUUGUCACUGUCUAUACGUAUGUAUCUUCACCCAAGGGUGUCUGCAAGAUCCUUAAAGUGAUCUGCUGUAGAAAAUAUUUUGGCACUGUGUAGAGUUCAAAAACCGUGAGUUAUCAAAUUGAAAUUAACUUGUGUAUUUAAGAUGUGGGUAUUUUAAAUAAAUAUUGACAUAUUUGCA